AUGUCGAAAACAUUAAGUCUGAAAAAGUCAAAACCGAAUGCAUCUAAAAAUCAAAAAGCUAUAACACAGUUUUUUAAAAAUGUUUCAAAUGAUGUUAAAAAGUCUCCUGUUAAACAGUCUCCUGUUAAGCAGUCUCCAGAGGAAACUAAAUCUGAUUUAAGAAUAUGUAAGAGAAAAUUUUCAUCAGCUGAACAGGUAAACACAUUGAGAGAUGAAGAAAAACCAACUAAAAAAUGUAAAAUAGUCGGUACUAAUGUUUCAAUAGAAAAACAAAACGGCACACUUAGUCUUGAACAAUUAAAGUCGGAAAAAUUAAAGUCUGAUUUUCAUCAUUCACCUGAAAAGAAUGUAAAUAGAACAGUAAAUAAUGAUAAACAAAGUUCCUGCAGCGUAGAUAAUAAAUCACCUUUGCUGUCACUAUCUCCCAAUAGUAUAAAAAAUCAAGUAAAAUAUACAAAUAACCUAGAUUGUAAUAAUGGAAAAGAACCAAACAUAAAUGAAAAAGAAAAUCAAGUAUGUAAUGACAUAUUUAAUAAUCAUGAUGAAGAUAUACAAACUUAUAAUGUUAAAUUAAAAAAAAAUAACAUAUCGCCUAAAAAAAGUCCCAAUGGGAAAAACAUAAAAAUAGCAUCGUCAUUAAAAUCGGAAAGAUCACCAUCAAAAUUUGGAUCUACCGUUAAAGUUCUGGAGUUCAAUCAAAAUGAUGUUGAUGAUGUUUUUGGUGAUGAAUGGGAACUAGACAAUUUUUCGGAAACUAAAGAGGAUUUAGACCUUACUGUAAUGCAGAGAUGUGAAAUUCUAUCAAUUGUUAGAUAUCCUCAGAAGUUAGAACUAAAACUUAAAAACGACAACAAAAUUGGCACUUGUUUUGUUGAAGGUAUUUGGGUCAACACACCUUUACAGGAGGGAGAUUUAAUAAGUGUUCUUGCAAGUCGUGAUUCAUCAGGGCAGUAUAGUAUAAACAACACUUCUGGUCUGUUAACCCUACGACCUGAUCAUCUAAUGUCAAGUACUAGUGUAGUAGCGGGGGUCUUCUGCAAACGGAAGGCAGUGUUGCAGGAAAGGUGGCGUGGAAUAGAUUCGGCGAACACAGCGAUGACAAUUGGUAUUCUUAUUCAUGAAUUGGUACAAAAAGCUCUCACACAGAAUAUAAACAAGACAUCAGAGUUGGGUGCCGAAGCUGAUAAAAUUAUCAAGGAGUCAACACAGCUGUUGUAUGAUGCGGGCAUAGAUGAGGAAGAGGCUCGGUCUAAUAUGGAAAUGUAUAUCAGGCCACUGUCUGAAUUUAUGUUAACGUAUAUGUCUAGUGAACAGUUUAAAAAAAAAGCGGAAAAGAUUAAUAACAAAUGGAAUGGAAAAAUAGACAAAGUAUUAGACAUCGAAGAGAAUCUGUGCUGUCCGAAAUUAGGUUUGAAAGGGAAAAUUGAUGCGACAUUACAAGUUACUAUUCAUGAACGGAAAAACAUAAAAGCCAUCGUACCUCUGGAGUUGAAGAGCGGACGCGCCAGUAUGUCAGCGGAGCAUCGCGGGCAGCUAUUCUUGUAUGGGAUGAUGCUCAGUCUCCAGAGGGAUGAGGACCCCACCACUGCCGUGCAACGAGGACUGCUGCUCUAUUUGAAAGAGCGUAUUGAUUUGAAGGAGGUAAGCUGCGGAUAUCCAGAGAGGCGUGAUCUCAUUAUGUUACGCAACGAACUAGUACAGCAUCUUGCAGCCGGACCACAGGACUUUGAUACUGACGCGUCUCGCCUGCUGCAGCAGAGCUUACCGGAACCAGUGCAUCACCACUCCGCGUGCUCCAAGUGUCCCUACCUCACGAUUUGUUCCCUACACUUAUGGCAUACAGAAGGUCCAGAAGUGUCAGAAUCCCAUCCGUUAGCAAAGUUAAAGAACGAGGCCCUAGGACACCUCUGUCCUGGCCACAUAAAGUACUUCCUACACUGGACAAGUUUGUUGAGGCUGGAGGAAAGAGAACAGAUGACAGCCUCCCCCCUGCACGCUCUGUGGACUGACAGUGUAGAGAAACGGUCAAAACGCGGUGUGUGCGCUGCUAACUUGAAGUUAAAAGGUGUAUCAGAUUUGGGCGAUAAGCUCUUACAUGUUUUUAGUAGACAACUUGAUCAUAUAAACUCAUUAAAAGAUGCAAGAACACCAAAAGGUCCUCAAGAAGGUGACUUUUCAAUAGUUAGCAUAAAAGACAGACCCUGGAUAGCUGCUGGUGUCGUCACUGUAUCAAACAAUGUAGAAUUACAUAUACUUUUAGAAAGAGAUCUAAGCCGACGUCUCGAUCAACAAACCGUGUAUCACAUAGAUACGUACGAGUCGUAUGCUACAACCGUUCAGAAUCUCACGAACUUAGGUGUGCUUAUGGAAGAUAGCGAUCGUGCAACGCGAUUGAGAAGGUUGAUAAUAGAAAAAGAUAAGCCAGAGUUUGCUUCUAAAUUACCUCGCGAAGUCGGUAAACUGGGUGUUAAAUUAAUGCGAUCUCUAAAUAUAGAACAACAGCGCGCCGUGCUGCGUGCGUUAGCAGCAGAGCACUACGCGCUACUGCGGGGCCUGCCCGGCACCGGUAAAACACAAACAAUAAGUGUGCUCAUCCAAAUGUUGGUGGCGCUUAAACAGCGUGUGCUUGUGACUGCUCAUACCCACUCUGCUGUAGACACUGUGUUAAAUAGGUUGCCGGCGACCCUGCGUGUGCUGCGGUUGGGUGCGGCGCGGCGGGCGACUUCCACGCGAGCGACACUGGACCACGAGCUGGUGAGAGGCGCGAGCACUGCUGCCCAGCUAGCGACGCUCUACGACUCUAUGGACGUGGUAGGAGUGACGUGUCUUGGAGCCAACCAUCCAUUGCUCGCCAGAACUACUUUCGACGUGUGCAUAGUUGAUGAAGCCACACAGGUGCUACAAUGUACGGUACUGCGUCCAUUAUUCUCUGCAAAACGUUUCGUACUGGUCGGUGACCCAGAACAAUUACCUCCCGUUGUGAAGAGCAAAAGCGCCAGGCGUUUAGGCAUGGAGGAGAGUCUGUUCCAUAGGUUGAUGGUAAAGGAAGCGACCAGCACUCUUCGUCUGCAGUACCGCAUGAACCAGCCUCUCGUCGACGUGGCCAACAGAGUCGCGUACAACGACACACUCCAGUGUGCUAACGAGACCGUCGCACAGGCGAAAUUGAAGAUAGAUUUUGAGCUAAUAUUGUCUCAGUACUCAGAAGAAUCGCCGUGGUUGGUUAAAACAUGCAGUCCAGAUUUCAAAUAUGCAGCGGUAUUUCUUAAUUUAGAGCUUGGAACUAGUGACAAAUUGGAUAAUGAAAAAACCUUAACUAAUAUUGAGGAAGCGUGUGUCGUUAUGGGUAUAAUAGAUGCUUUGAAAAAGGCAGGUGUGUCGUCAACAGACAUAGGCGUCAUAGUUCCAUACCGUGACCAAAUGUCACUUCUACGACGGUGUCUGAAUGGUCAGGACGUGGACGUCAGUACAGUUGACCAGUUCCAAGGCAAAGAUAAGGACGUUAUCAUAUAUUCCUGUACUAAGCGUGAUACACAGGUCGGCCGACCUGCUAAAGAGGGAGAAGUUCUAAACGACCAAAGACGUCUAGCGGUUAGUGUGACGCGCGCCAAGCACAAACUUAUCGUGGUGGGCGACGCUCGUGCCGUCCGCCGGUACAACACUCUCUUGAGUCUUGUCGAGGCGUGCACUCCGGUGUUAAUAGAUCAAAAUACUAUAAGAACAUUACAAAGAAAAUAUGAAAACAUUAUCAAAUCAUGAUUUGUAUAUGUGUUGUGAAUGAUAAUUUUUAAGUCAUAUUUUUUUAUUGUACUAGUGAUAUAAUCCUUUAGUUAUUGCGUUUGUGAUUAUUUAUUAAUAAUUAAGAUCUGAUUUUUUAUAUAAACAAUAAAAAUUUUGUAUACCAUA